UAAAAUAAAACGAAUAGACCUAACAUAUGAUAACAUUUUUCAUGUGUGUGUGUGAUUGUCAAUGUUGAGCAGUGUCUUUUUCAACGUCUCUCGGUCCGUCUACGGAAUAACACGUAAAAAUUUUUGUACGAAAAUGGCAAAGAAAACCGCAAUUUUGCUAAUUGCCGAUGGAACGGAAGAAAUGGAAGCCGUGAUAACUGUCGACGUUCUAAGACGUGCCGGGAUUGCUGUCACCAUAGCUGGUCUAUCUGAUGGUAACUGUAUGAAAUGUAGCCGUGAUGUUAAGAUCUGUGCAGAUGCUAAUUUUGCUGAUGCUACUAAGAAUCAGAAGUAUGAUGCUGUCAUAUUACCCGGUGGUCUCGGUGGAUCUAAAACAUUUGCAUCUUCGGCAGAAGUUGGAAAGCUAUUACAAGAACAAGAGAAAGAAAACAGAUUGAUAGCAGCUAUCUGCGCAGCUCCAACAGCUUUGAAGGCUCAUGGUAUUGGCAAAGGAAAACAAAUUACUUCUUAUCCAGCCAUGAAAAAUGAUUUAAUCGAUGAAUAUAAGUAUCUAGAGGAAAAAGUAGUAACAGAUGGUAAUCUUAUAACGAGUCGAGGACCAGCGACUGCCUUUGCUUUUGGCUUAGCUAUCAUUGAAAAAUUAUUAAACAAGGAAACAGCUAGUACAGUGGCAAAAGGAAUAUUGUAUGAUGACUACAAAUAAACUUGUCUAUUUUAUAUAUAAGUUGCUAUAUACGUAAAAUAAUCAUUAUAAAUUUUGUGCGAUAUAUUUUUGGCUUUAGGAAGAUAAUGUUUAUUCAUAUAUGAAUGCAUAUAAUAUAUAAUAAAUAAAUUUUACAUAAUAAAAAGCAAAGUAAAUAAAAAAAAUUUAA